CGACGCUUCCCGUGCAGCAGCAGCAGCAGCAGCUUCCGGAGGACAGAUCAGUGUGCUGUCGGGCUUUGGCCUCGAUCGCUCAUCGAUCCAUGGAAGCAGCGAUCUCGACCGAGGCAGGGAGGGAUCAGCUCGUAGACGCACAGGAGCAGUGAAGGCUGCUGUUCUUCUCGAGGUAUCGCGAAGAAAUUGAUCGAAAACCUGGGUAGUUGGGGGUCGAUCAGUGGGUUUCAUGAGGAUUUUAUGAGCUCGGAGGGAGCGCGGGUUAAGGACGUAGAUCAACAGGAAUGGUGUGCAGUGUAAUCGUGGAGUUUGGGCGGAGGAGGAAUUGGCAUUUCAUGUUCGAUCUAGUAUCGGGGGCAUGCUGAGGAGGAGGAGGAGUAGUUAGUCUCCCCUGGGACGGGCUUUCGUUGGGAAAAUCUCGAGAGCCUUGAGGAGGCAGGGAAUGAUGAUGGACAUGGUGCCCAGGCCCACCAGGAAAUGGGGCAUAGCUGUGCUGGUGCUGUUAUGCGUUUCGGCCAUACUUUUCAUCACCCCGUGGGUCGCUUCCACUGUGUUCUUCGCACCGUACGAUAAUUGGAACGAGGCAGGGCGAUUCACUCGUCCUGAAAAGCAGGGCAAUGUGACCUGGCUGUGCACCCCAUCUGGGCCCUGUGUUGGAUGCUCGCAAAGCGAAAAACAGGAUCCGAAUUUCAAGUGUAAACCUACGGGAUAUCAUGUACCUCAAAAAUGCGUGGAGGACAUGGACGAGGUGAAGAAUGCCAAGAAGCUUGCCGUAGGGAGCCCACAAAGAAAGGAGAAGGACGCAGCAGCAGCAGCAAAGACCGAUGAGGACUCGUAUGAAGAUGGGGGAAGACGAAGGGCGCAAGGCCUCUCCGAAGAAGGGAAGCAGAUGUACGUCUUGUACAAGAGUUGCCUUCCAACAGAGGUCAGGGAGAAACUCAGCGUUUUAGGUUUCGAGGGAGUGGUGCUGGGAUUGUUGGCCAUCAGCGCUCCUUUUGUCUAUUUUAGAAAAAAGAAGGGUGCUGCUCCCGCGCCCAAUAUGCAGCGAGUUCCCAGCAGUGCCCGCUUUUGAGAUAUCCGAAUUCAAGUAUUCUUUCCACUUCUUUGUUGUCGUCCAUAAACCUUCGAGGCACGGAUGAUUUUAUUUUUUAUUGGGGUGUUGAUCCCAUUGUAAGGUAUAUUUGUUUAUGCCCCUUGUAUCACUCUCUCAAAGGACACUGUUUCAUCGUGUGAAUUCUUGGUUGUACGAUAUUGAAGUGCCC